AUGUCAGAGCAACCAUCCAAAAUUAGUGCUGAUUCUAAGUACUACGGAGGCGCAGUUAAAGAAAAUUACGGUAAAGCCAUAGGUAGUGAGAAAAUGGAAGCUGAAGGAAGAGAAAAUAAAAUCGAAGGAGAAACAGAAUAUGAAGCCGCAAAAAUGGCGGGCAAAGCUGAAGGUAUCAAAGACGAAACAACCGGAAAAUCCAAAAAAACUACCGGUGAUGCUAUUGACGAUACUAAAAUGAAGGCAGAAGGAAAAGCGACUGAAUUGAAAGGACAGGCAGAACGCAACAUUAAGGGAUAA